AUGGCAGUUUUAAGCGCUCAAGUCUUGGCCCUCAUUUUUGGCCUUCUGGGUAAUAUCAUCUCAUUCUUGGUGUUCCUUGCUCCGCUGCCGACGUUCUACACCAUUUACAAGAAAAAAACAUCUGAAGGGUUUCAAUCUAUACCAUAUGUGGUAGCACUUUUCAGUGCAUCACUGUUGCUGUAUUACGCCUUUCUCAAGACAAAUGCCUUGUUGAUCGUCACUAUUAAUGCUAUUGGAUGCAUCAUUGAAAUAAUUUACCUGUCCAUGUACGUACUAUAUGCACCCAAGACGUCUAAGAUGUUUACAUUGAAGUUGCUAGGUUUUUUCAACAUAGGAUGUUUAGGUGUCAUCGUUGCUGUUUCUCUUGCACUUGCAAAAGGUGCCAAGCGAGUAUCACUCGUAGGGUGGUUUUGUGCUGUAAUCAACCUGGCUGUAUUUGCUGCUCCCUUGAGCAUCAUGGCGCAAGUAAUACGAACCAAGAGUGUCGAAUACAUGCCAUUCACCUUGUCGUUUUUCCUCACACUUUGUGCCACAUCUUGGUUUUUCUACGGAUUCUUCGUAAGGGAUUACUACAUUGCUGUACCAAAUGUAAUGGGCUUCUUAUUUGGAAUUGUUCAAAUGAUUCUCUACUUCAUUUACAAGAAUGAAAAAAAGGACGGUGAAAUAAACACAAAGCUUGAAGGGGCUAUGGAACAGAAGGAAGGCAUUCAAAUGAAUAUAGAAGGUGUUGAAGACAAGAAAUUUAGCUCAAUUGAGAAGCCUAAAUCUGCUGCUGCCCAUAAACCUCAAGAUAUAGAGACGGGAAAUGUGUAA